AGGGACGAAGUCAGAAAGACAAAAGAGGCUCUCGUGGUCGAGGCAGACGAUCAUCUGAAGAAGAUACACCAAAGAAAAAGAAGCUCAAAGGAGGAUCUGAGUUUGCUGAUACCAUCCUGUCGGUGCAUCCCUCAGAUGUCCUGGACAUGCCAGUGGACCCCAAUGAACCUACCUACUGCUUGUGUCACCAGGUGUCCUAUGGAGAAAUGAUUGGCUGUGACAACCCAGAUUGCCCAAUUGAAUGGUUCCACUUUGCUUGCGUGGACCUCACCACCAAACCAAAAGGGAAAUGGUUUUGUCCUCGUUGUGUUCAGGAAAGAAAGAAAAAGAAGUAA